AUGACCAUGACCAUUUUCGAUGAGUGUGUGUUCGUUUCUACAACAAAGUGCAAGGGAACCUUCCUCACUGCUGACAAGAGCCUUACUACUAACAAGAGCCUCACUGCUGACAAGAGCCUCGCUGCUGACAAGAGCAUCACUGCUAACAAGAGCCUCGCUUCUAACAAGAGCAUCACUGCUGACAAGCGCAUCACUGCUGACAAGAGCAUCACUGCUAACAAGGGCCUCACUGCUGGCAAAAGCCUUGCUGCUGCCAAGAGACUCACUGCUUACAAGAGCCUCACUGCUGACAAGAGCCUCACUGCUGACAAGAGCCUCACUGCUGCCAAGAGCCUCACUGCUGACAAGAGCAUUACAGCUUACAAGAGCCUCACUGCUGACAAGAGCCUCACUGCUGACAAGAGCCUCACAGCUUACAAGAGCAUCACAGCUUACAAGAGCCUCACUGCUAACAAAAGCAUCACAGCUUAUAAGAGACUCACUGUUGACAAGAGACUCACUGCUGACAAGAGCCUCACUGCUGACAAGAGCCUCGCUGCUGACAAGAGCCUCACUGCUGACAAGAGCAUCAUAGCUUACAAGAGCCUCACUGCUGACAAGAGACUCACUGCUGACAAGAGACUCUCUGCUAACAAGAGCCUCACUGCUGACAAGAGCCUCACUGCUGACAAGAGCCUCACUGCUGACAAGAGCAUCACAAGCCUUGCUGCUGACAAGAGAGUCACUGCUUACAAGAGACUCACUGCUGACAAGAGACUCACUGCUGACAAGAGCCUCACUGCUGACAAGAGCCUCACUUCUGACAAGAACCUCACUGCUGACAAGAGCAUCACAGCUUACAAGAGACUCACUGCUGACACGAGACUCACUGCUGACAAGAGACUCACUGCUGACAAGAGACUCACUGCUGACAAGAGCCUCAUUGCUUGCAAGAGCCUCACUGCUGACAAGAGCAUCGAUGCUUACAAGAGCAUCACUGCUGACAAGAGCCUCACUGCUGACAAGAGAAUCUCUGCUUUUAAGUUACUCACUGCUGACAAGAGAUUCACUGCUGACAAGUGCCUAACUGAUGACAAGAGCCUCACUGCUGACAGGAGCCUCACUGCUGCCAAGAGCCUCACUGCUGACAAGAGCAUCACAGCUUACAAGAGCCUCACUGCUGACAAGAGACUCACUGCUGACAAGAGACUCACUGCUGACAAUAGACUCAAUGCUGACAUGAGCCUUAUUGCUGGCAAGAGCCUCACUGCUGACAAGAGCAUCACUGCUUACAAGAGCAUCACUGCUGACAAGAGCUUCACUGCUGACAAGAGAAUCUCUGCUUUCAAGAUACUCACUGCUGACAAGAGACUCACUGCUGACAAGAGCCUAACUGAUGCCAAGAGCCUCACUGCUGACAAGAGCAUCACUGAUUACAAGAGCAUCACUGCUUACAAGAGACCCACUGCUGACAAGAGACUCACUGCUGACAAGAGCCUCACUGCUGACAAGAGACUCACUGCUGACAAUAGACUCAAUGCUGACAAGAGCCUUAUUGCUGGCAAGAGCCUCACUGCUGACAAGAGCAUCACUGCUUACAAGAGCAUCACUGCUGACAAGAGCUUCACUGCUGACAAGAGAAUCUCUGCUUUCAAGAUACUCACUGCUGACAAGAGACUCACUGAUGACAAGAGUCUCACUGCUGACAAGAGACUCACUGCUGACAAGAGACUCACUGCUGACAAGAGUCUCACUGAGGAAAAGAGCUUCUCUGAGGACAAGAGCCUCGCUGCUUAA